GAAAAAAAAAAAAGAAAAAGAAAAAAUAAACAUGCAUUAUUAUUAUGAAUAUUAGAAUAUAUGGUUAUAAGCAUUAAUAAAAGCCACAGCAGAUGGACACAUGUGCUCAUAGUUAGCAACGGAACAAGUGUCAUUGUUCUAAGAAGUGUUCGUUGAUUGAUUAAUCUAACCAAAGCGUAAAAUUGUUAACUACAGGCUAAUUAACUUUCUUUUAAAACGAACAGAAGUUUCAUCAUAUUACGAUAAUUUUCUGUAUGGGUGAUUAUUAUUAGUAUUUUUUUUUUUUUUUUUUUUAGCCAAGCGCACUAACUAAAAUUUCCAGACUUCGGGCGGACAAAGAUAACAAAUACAUAGGCAUAAUUACGGCCUGUUGAUACUUAUCGCACAUGCGCAUGGAAAACAAAGCGUAUACAGUACAUUGAUUUCUAAUAACACAGUAGGUUGUAAAAGCAAGUAUUAAUCGCAAUUGUUUAUCACGCUGUUGCAUGGAAUGUUCUCAACAGAACCAAUUAUUAAGCGAUUGAAUAAUAUAUGACAAGUAUAGAUAUAUGAGAAACAAAGGAUAAUGAUGUAAGUAUACAGAUAAUCGGUUAAACCAGAGAUAGUGAUCAAUAUACGUUUGUGCACGCGUUUCUUCUGAGAGAGGGCGUAAAUAUAGAUUGCCCAGCUCAUCAUUUAGUUAUGUGAAGUACUAUUAAUGUUACCGUAUUAUUAUCAUUUUGUGGAAGUGGAGAACAUGAUGUCUGUCAAGAUUUCAAGAUAUUUGUUGUUAACAUUUGUUGCUUCAUUUUCCGUGAAACAUGUUAUUUCACGAUCUACAAGUUCAAGAUCUCCGCUGAGCACAACCUUAAGCCCUGACACAGCACUGACCACACUGCAGACCCGCAACAAAAUUGAGAACACGACGUUUCUGUCUGAAGUAUCUAGUAGUGCUACUUCAAUAUCCCCUCUUGCUACUAAAUUAUCAGAAAAGCAAACUAUUACAGAUGUAAAUCUUACUGUCGAAGAGACUUUAUCUCAGCAAUACAUGUCGAGUAACCUUACGUCACCACCUACUCAAGCGACAAAUAAUGUAUCUGAUGUAUCCACUGAUAUUAAUAUUUAUGAACAUAAAAUGAACAUCAGUAGAAGCUCACUUACUGAACAUGUUGACGUCCAAUCAAAUAAUACCCAAAGCAGGCCUAGUGCAGACCCAACGCAACUGCAGACGACCAGUGUCGACUUAGCAACAUUUUUGACACCACAAAACACGACCACGACCAUCACGCAAACCAUUACCAUGCAAAUAUUAGUGACAAAUUCUAUUUCUACAAGUUAUUUUCAGGAUGAUGUAAGUUCUGAGAAAGUCGAGGAAAUGACUUCUGCAAUAGCUACAAUUAUGGAAACGGACGUUGUAACAAACACUGAUAUGGUCGACCAACAUACCAACAACAUUUUUAACAUGUAUACAACAGGAAGUGAGUCAGUGAACGUUGGAUUCAAAAUAGAAGACUUGUAUCUUCCAUUGGCUGUAGCACUAGUAAUUUUACUGAUUUGGUUGCUGUUGUCUUUUUUUAUUUACAUUCUAGCGUGCAACCGAACUACUUCGAAGCGUUCUGAAUACAGCAUCAGCGCAAGAGGAGCUUAUUCAAAUAAAGUAUUUGUUAAUGCAGAGGCUAUAACCGACGACAGUUGUUACGAUGAUAACGGAAUUGAAAUUCUUCGAACAGCUUUGUGAAGAUAGAAAGUUGUUUAAAAAAGCAAGAUAAUAAUUCAUUAUUGGCAGUGUGACUGAUUAUUAAAACGAUUACGGAGGUUCAAUGCUUAUUAUUUUAUAUAAUUUUAACAUUAACUACAGUAUUGAAUUGUCACUUCUUCAGUAUAUUUAAAUUUCUCUAUUUUACAGUUCUUGACAGUACGAUGAAAUCAUUUCGGUAAAAG